GCUCUGUGGAGCGGUGUGAAUAGUUUCAGGCCGGACGUAUUUUUGGAGCUACACCGCCAACAUGGACGCUGGUUCUCAGCGUGUUUUACAGUAUUUAACAGAAGUUGAAGAGGCAGCUGAGGAUGUUCUCACUGCUAAACAGCAGAUCAUAGACCUGGACAUGAAGCGGAACAGGAACAGGGAGGCGCUGAGCGCUCUGAAACAUGACAUGGCAGACACAGAAAAAGUCAAGGUGUGCUUUGGGAACAUGUUCCUCAAGUUCCCCAAAUCCAAAGCAAGAGAGAUGAUCCAGAAAGAUCAGGAGCAGCUUGACAAGGAGAUCAGCGAUCUUCGUAGAAGCCUGAAGGCAAAAGUCAACUGUCUCAAUGAGAUGCAAGGAAACCCUGAGCUCAUAGGCUACAACCUGUCUCCACUGUCCGCUGAAGAAUUGAAAGCUAUUAACAGCCUCCUGAGGAGGUGACCUGCUGGAGCCACGUUUCUCUUCACUGCUCUGGCAAACAGACGGCCAGAUCCAAGAAAUCCUGCAGUGAAUAUGUGUGAAAAUGUUCCUACGUGUGUCCUCCAGGUUAAAUACUUAGCAACAGGGCAGCAGAGCCCAAGGCUUCAGGGCUCAUAACCAGCCAGAAGCCUUGGACUGGACACUUUUUUAGGACUGUUGCGGCCUUGAUACUGAAUUUAAGAAUGUAUUUUUUGAGUUUAUUGGCUAGAACCUCUUUUUAUUCCCCACAUUCUGAUUAAAAACAGAAUUAAUGUAAGAGUU